AUUAUGAAAUUUGGCCAAAGAAACGCAUCCACCCCGUCGAAACCAUUCUAUUUAUAGCAUCAUCAGUUGCGCUGUGAAGAUUGUUACACUGUAAUUUCAUAAGAGCGGAUGAAAAUGUCUUAAUUUUUCAUUUAAACUGAAGAGAAGUCGCUGUGUUUACUAAGAGCCUGUUGAUUAUUCUGAUCUCAGAUAUAGCCUACAGGGAUGUCGAGGAGGACUCGGGAUUUUUGCACACUUGGUAAAUCAGCUAACACAUCACUGGUGUAGCUGUUAUCAUGGCCACCAGUGCGGUUCCUAGCGACAACCUCCCAACAUACAAACUGGUGGUCGUGGGAGAUGGAGGCGUGGGAAAGAGUGCUCUUACCAUCCAGUUUUUCCAAAAGAUUUUUGUUCCAGAUUAUGAUCCUACCAUUGAAGACUCCUACUUGAAGCACACAGAGAUAGAUGGCCAGUGGGCUAUUUUGGAUGUUUUAGACACAGCAGGUCAAGAGGAGUUCAGUGCCAUGCGAGAGCAGUACAUGAGGACUGGUGACGGUUUCCUCAUCGUGUUCUCUGUGACAGACAAGGCCAGUUUUGAACACGUCGAUCGGUUUCACCAGCUCAUCCUACGAGUGAAAGACCGGGAAUCUUUCCCGAUGGUUUUGGUGGCCAACAAAGUGGACCUAGUGCAUCUGAGGAAAGUGACAAAUGAACAGGGCUGUGAGAUGGCUGCCAAACACAACAUUACUUACAUUGAAACAAGUGCCAAGGAUCCGCCCAUGAAUGUGGACAGAGCCUUUCAUGAACUAGUCCGAGUUAUCAGACAGCAAGUUCCAGAGUGGAGUCUGAAAAAGAAGAAAAAGACAAAGUGGCGUGGAGACAGAUCCGUGAGUUCUUCUCGCAAGCUUCACUGUCUGAUUUUGUGACUACCUCUUUUGUCGAAAUCAUCAGCGUUUGGCAACAUGAGCUGCCAGAGAGGACUGAGUAGAGAUCUGCACUAAUCAGAGGACCACAGACUUUAUCAAAAGAGCUGGCAUGAAGUCAGACGAUCUCUUCCUGUCUCAGGGAAGCAUAUUCAGUGAGUCCAGGGAUCACUGCUGCCAGACCGAGGAGAAGCGAUCAGUACUACGCGUCCGAAGUGAAGCACUGCCCGAAACAACAAAAAUCAGAGCUAAUCAGAAUAUGAUGGAUGUUUAAUAUACUAUGUGAGGCUACAUUUUUGACCAGUAAGAUUGUAAUAUGGGUGGAGCUACCCAGAAAGAUGCAUCAAAACCUAAACCAUACACCUACUGUACAUCAAAAUUGUGUGCAGCUUCCAAAAGUUCAUGUAAUUAUGUGGAUGAUUGUUUUGCAGAGCUUAUGAAGGCAUAUUGUCAUUUAACCUUCCAGAAAGACUCCCUUCCUGUAGCUACAUUGGAACUUCUUUAGAGAAACUUAAGUGUCAUAGAGUGUUUGAUACACAAUCGAAAUGGCCUCUACUGUUAAGCACAAAAAGUACUGAUAUGAUUGAAGGGCCAAUUGCACUAGCAAGACUUUUUGCACUUUCAGUAUUUACUCAUAAAAGGCUUUAACUCGUG